AUGGGCGCCCUGAGCGGGUGCCAGGUGCUGGCAUGGGCCCUCGUGGCCCUGCUCUUGGCGCAGAAGACAGAGGCCCAGGGCAGCAUGGAGCAGAGCUGGGAGAGUCAGGAGGCCAUCAUGGACGCCCAGCAAGUGACCUUCAUCCCGCCCGUCACCAUCUUUCCCACCAUGAGCCCCCUGAACGCAGCGCACAGCGGGCGCGUGUGUAGCACCUGGGGCGACUUCCACUAUAAGACCUUCGACGGCGACGUCUUCCGCUUCCCUGGGCUGUGCAACUACAUCUUCUCCGCGCACUGCGGCGCCGCCUACGAGGACUUCAACCUCCAGCUCCGCCGCGGCCUGGUGGGCUCCAGGCCCACCAUCACCCACAUCGUCCUCAAGGUGCAGGGGCUGGUGCUAGAGGUCUCCAACGGCUCCGUCCUCGUCAAUGGGCAGCGGACGGAGCUGCCCUACAGCCGCGCCGGCCUCCUGGUGGAGCAGAGCAGCACCUACGUCAAGAUCAACACCCAGCUGAUGCUGACCUUCAUGUGGAACGGAGAGGACAGCGCCCUGCUGGAGCUGGACCCCAAGUACGCCAACCAGACGUGCGGCCUGUGCGGGGACUUCAACGGGCUCCCGGCCGUCAGCGAGUUCUAUGCCCACAAUGCCAGGCUGACCCCCCUGCAGUUUGGGAACCUGCAGAAGCUGGACGGGCCCACAGAGCAGUGCCAGGACCCCCUGCCCUCCCCAGCUGACAACUGCACAGAUGAGGAAGGCAUCUGCCGCCGCACCCUGCUGGGCCCAGCCUUCGCUCAGUGCCACAGGCUGGUGGAUGCCGAGGUGUACGUGGCCGCCUGCACCCAGGACCUCUGCCGCUGCCCCACCUGCCCGUGUGCCACCUUCGCUGAGUACUCCCGCCAGUGUGCCCACGCCAGGGGGCAGCCGCAGAACUGGAGGGGCCCUGACCUCUGCUCCCAGACGUGCCCCCUGAACACGCAGCACCAGGAGUGCGGCUCACCGUGUGUGGACACCUGCUCCAACCCAGAGCGCUCCCAGCUCUGCGAGGACCACUGUGUCGACGGCUGCUUCUGCCCCCCAGGCACGGUGCUGGACGACAUCACUGACUUGGGCUGCCUGCCCCUGUGGCAGUGCCCCUGCACCCACGGUGGCCACACCUAUGCCCCCGGGGCCUCCUUCACCACCAGCUGCAGCUCCUGCACCUGCUUCGGGGGACGAUGGCAGUGCCAGGACCUCCCGUGCCCAGGCACCUGCUCUGUCCAGGGCGGGUCCCACAUCUCCACCUAUGACGAGAAGCUCUAUGACCUGCACGGGGACUGCAGCUAUGUCCUGACCAAGAAAUGUGCGGACAACAGCCUCACCGUGCUGGCUGAGCUGCGGAAAUGCGGCCUGACAGACAACGAGAACUGUCUGAAAACUCUGACACUGGCCUUGAGCGGAGGGCACACGGCUGUCCAGAUCCAGGCCAAUGGCGCGGUGUUCGUGAACUCCAUCUACACACAGCUGCCUGUGGCCGUGGCCAACGUCACCAUCUUCAGGCCGACGUCCUUCUUCGUCCUGGUGCAGACGGGCCUCGGGCUUCAGCUGCAGGUACAGCUGGUGCCCCUCAUGCAGGCGUUCCUCAGGCUGGACCCCGCCUACCACGGCCAGAUGUGCGGCCUGUGCGGGAACUUCAACCAGAACCAGGCCGACGACUUCCGGACCAUCAGCGGUGUGGUGGAGGGCACGGCCGCCGCCUUCGCCAACACCUGGAAGACCCAGGCCGCCUGCCCCAACGUCAAGAACAGCUUCGAGGACCCCUGCUCCCUCAGCGUGGAGAACGAGAACUACGCCCAGCACUGGUGCUCCCUGCUGACUGACCCCGCCGGGGCCUUCUCGUCCUGCCACUCUGUCGUCAGCCCUGGGCCCUUCCACUCGAACUGCCUGUUCGACACCUGCAACUGCGAGAAGAGCGAGGACUGCAUGUGCGCGGCCCUGUCCUCCUACGUGCGCGCCUGCGCCGCCCAGGGUGUGCUGCUCCGUGGCUGGCGGGACGGCGUGUGCGACAAGUACGUGAGCAGCUGCCCCAAGACCCAGAGCUACGCCUAUGUGGUGGACGCCUGCCAGCCUACCUGCCGCUCCCUGAGCCAGGCCGACGUCACCUGUGACGUGGUCUUCGUGCCAGUGGAUGGCUGCACCUGCCCCUCGGGCACCUUCCUGGAUGAUGCUGGCGACUGCGUGGCCGCCGAGGCCUGUCCCUGCUACUCCCGUGGCUCUGUGGUGGCCCCAGGGGAGGUCCUGCACGACAAUGGCGUGGUGUGCUCAUGUGUGAGCGGGAAGCUGAGCUGCCUGGGAGCCGUGGAGCAGAGCACAGGGUGUGCGGCUCCCAUGGUGUUUCUGAACUGCAGCAACGCGCCCGUGGACACGCCCGGGGCCGAGUGUGUCCGGAGCUGCCACAUGCUGGACGUGGACUGCUUCAGCACUCACUGCGUCUCGGGCUGCGUGUGCCCAGCGGGGCUGCUGUCCGACGGGAGCGGGGGCUGCGUGGCCGAGGAGGACUGCCCCUGCCUGCACAACGAGGCCGCCUACAAGCCCGGGGAGACCAUCAGGGUCGACUGUAACACCUGCACCUGCAGGGGCCGCAGGUGGGAGUGCAGCCAGCAGCCCUGCCUGGGCACCUGCGUGGCCUAUGGGGAUGGCCACUUCAUCACCUUUGACGGCGAGCGCUACAGCUUUGAGGGGAGCUGCGAGUACACGUUGGCCCAGGACUACUGUGUGGGCAACGAUGCCGCCAAUGGUACCUUCCGCAUCGUCACCGAGAAUGUCCCCUGCGGGACUACGGGCGUCACCUGCUCCAAGGCCAUCAAGAUCUUCCUGGAGAACUAUGAGCUGAUCCUCCACGAGGGUACCUACAAGGUGCUGCAGAGGGGGCCAGGCGGACACCUGCCCUACAGGAUCCGUUACAUGGGCAUCUACCUGGCCAUCGAGACUCGCAGCGGCAUGGUCGUGUCCUGGGACCGGAAGACCAGCGUGUUUAUCCGGCUGCACCAGGAGUACAAGGGGAGGGUCUGUGGGCUGUGCGGGAACUUCGAUGACAACGGCCUCAACGACUUCACCACGCGGAGCCAGUCUGUGGUGGGCGACGUGCUGGAGUUCGGCAACAGCUGGAAGUUCUCCCCGUCCUGCCCAGACGCCCAGGCCCCCAAGGACCCCUGCACCGCCAACCCGUACCGCAAGUCCUGGGCCCAGAAGCAGUGCAGCCUCAUCCACGGCGCCGCCUUCAGCGCCUGCCGUUCUCAGGUCGACCCCACCAGGUACUACGAGGCCUGCGUGAGCGACGCGUGCGCCUGCGACGCGGGGGGCGACUGCGAGUGUUUCUGCACGGCCGUGGCCGCCUACGCCCAGGCCUGCCACGAAGUGGGCGUGUGCGUGUCCUGGCGGACCCCGGACAUCUGCCCCCUGUUCUGCGACUACUACAACCCACACGGGGAGUGCGAGUGGCACUACCAGCCCUGCGGGGCCCCCUGCCUGAGGACCUGCCGGAACCCCAGUGGGCGCUGCCUCAUGGAUCUGCCGGGCCUGGAAGGCUGCUACCCGAGGUGCCCGCCCAGCAAGCCGUUCUUCAACGAGGACCAGAUGAAGUGUGUGGCCCGGUGUAGCGGCUGCUACGACGAAGAUGGAAACUACUACGAUGUUGGCAGCAGGGUCCCCACAGCGCAGAACUGCCAGAGCUGCGACUGCACCUCCAGUGGCCUCCAGUGCACAUACAGCCCUGCAGCCUGCACGUGCACCUAUGAGGGCAGGACCUACACCUACGGGGACGUCAUCUACAACACGACCGAUGGGCUGGGCGCCUGUCUGAUCGCCAUCUGCAGAGACAAUGGGACCAUCGUCCGGAGGGCUGUGGAGUGUCCUGGAACCCCUUCCACAACACCCUUCACCUUCACCAGCACUGCGGCUCCGCCCUCCACCACAGGCUCGGUCUCCACCCCCUCCACCGUGUGCGUGCGGAAGAACUGCCUCUGGUCCGACUGGUACGACAGUGGCCGUCCAGAGCUGGGCCUGGAAGGGGGAGACUUCGAGACAUUUGAGAACCUGAGGCAGAGGGGCUACCAGGUCUGCCCAGCCCCCGCGGACGUCCAGUGCCGGGCGCAGGAAUUCCCACAUAUUCCCCUGGAGGUCCUGGGCCAGAAGGUGGAGUGUGGCCGGGCCCGGGGGCUGAUCUGCCUCAACAGCGAGCAGAGCCCCCCGCUCUGCAACAACUACCAGCUGAAGGUCCUCUGCUGCAACUACGUGCCAUGCAGCAGCAGCCCGGCCCCCAGCACCAGCCAGUGGCUGUCCACCCAGCCCCUGUCCACCUCCACCCAGACCACGCCCACCAGAGGCACCACUCUCCCGAUGACGACGACGACGGCCUCCACCCUGCAGACCCCCUCCACCGCGCCUGCCACAACCGUGACCAGAGUGGGCAGCAGCUCUGUAGCGCCGACCACCACCACCUGUGAGCCCCACUGUCAGUGGACGGAGUGGUUUGACGAGGACUACCCCAAGUACGAGGAGGCUGGGGGGGACGUCGAGUCCUACGACAAGAUCAGGCGUGCAGGAGGGGACGUGUGUGAGCAGCCCCGGGACAUACAGUGCCGGGCCAAACACCUCCCCAGCAGGAGGCUGGAGGGGCUGAGUCAGCGAGUGCACUGUGACGUCAACUUUGGCCUGGUCUGCAGGAAUGCCGAGCAGGUGGGCCGGUUCAAGAUGUGCUACAACUAUGAAAUCCGUGUGCUGUGCUGUGGGUCCAGCCACUGCAGGCAGCCCACGACCCCCAGCACCACUUCCACAGCCACCACUGCCACCACCUCCCCCACUGCUACAGCCACCACUGCCACCACCUCCUCAGCCACCAUCUCCACUGCCACAGCCACCACUCCCACCACUCCCACCCCCACAGCCACCACCCCCACCCCCAGUGCCACAGCCCCCACUGCCACUACCUCCACUGCCACCAUUGCCACAGUGGCCACCUCCACUGCCACCAUCCCCACAGCCACCACCUCCACAGCCACCACCACCAUCCCCACUGCCACAGCCCCCACUGCCACAGCCCCCACUGCCACCACGUCCACUGCUACAGUCCCCACUGCCACCACCUCCACUGCUACAGCCCCCACUGCUACAGUCACGACUGCCACCACCUCUACUGCCACCAUCCCCACAGCCACCAUCUCCACUGCCACCACCCCCAUCCCCACUGCCACAGUCCCCACUGCCACCACCUCCACUGCUACAGCCCCUACUGCUACAGCCACCACUGCCACCACCUCCACAGCCACCAUCUCCACUGCCACAGCCACCACUCCCACCACUCCCACCCCCACAGCCACCACCCCCACCCCUAGUGCCACAGCCCCCACUGCCACCACCUCCACUGCCACCACCCCCAUCACCAGUGCCACAGCCCCCAGUGCCACAGCCUCCACUGCCACCACCUCCACUGCCACCACCUCUACAGCCACCACCUCCACAGCCACCACCCCCAUCCCCAGUGCCACAGCCCCCACUGCCACAGCCCCCACUGCCACCACCUCCACUGCCACCAUCCCUACAGCUACCACCUCCACAGCUACCACUCCCAUCCCUACUGCUACAGCCACCACUGCCACCACCUCCACUGCCACCAUCUCUACAGCCACCACCUCCACAGCCACCACCCCCAUCCUCACUGCCACCACCUCUACUGCCACAGCCCCCACUGCCUCUACUGCCUCCAGCACAACCACCACUGCUGUGCCACCAACCACACAGCCCAGGACACAACCAGGGAGCACAGAGGUGACCAGGUCCCCCACCAGCAGUGCCACACCAGUACCUUCCCUUUCCACGGGACUGACAGCCCGUGUGACGUCCUUGAGUCCCAGCCACACAGGCACACUCCUGACAUCUGCCACGGGGGGCCUCACAUCUCCCCCAGGCUCCACAGAGUCCACCAUCCCAGGGACGGCCACGUCAGUCCUCCCAACUCGCACAACCUCAUGGGGGUCCACCCUGGCAUCGGCAACCACACGAACCUCCAAGGCUCAUCCACCAACAGGAACAGCAGUGAGCACAGUGGGCACCGCCUCCACCAGCCUGCCACCCACCUCACACCCCGAGACCAGCACGCCUGGAACCCUGGUGCCAACAACCACCACGGGGGCCACCACCAGCCAGGGUACCACCAGCUGUCAACCCAAGUGCCAGUGGACAGAGUGGUUUGAUGUGGACUUCCCCACCUCGGGGGUCAAGGGCGGAGACAUGGAGACCUACGACAAUAUCCGGGCCGCGGGUGGCAAGAUGUGCCAGCAGCCGCAGAAGAUUGAAUGCCGGGCAGAGAGCUACCCCGAGGUGAGCAUCGAUCAGAUCGGGCAGGUGCUCAGCUGCAGCCUGGAGGCCGGGCUGGUCUGCAGGAAUGAACACCAGAGGGGGCAGUUCACCAUGUGCUUCAACUACAACAUCCGUGUGUACUGUUGCGACGACGUCCGGCACUGCCCCACCAUGGCCACCCCCCUCCUCACCUCCACCACACCGCCCACGACCAGCAGUCCCACAGCCACGGAAUCAAGGCCCUCAACCUCUGCCACGACCCAGACCCGACCCACAUCCACCACAAUGCCCACCACCGGCGGUCCCACACCCACAGAAUCAAGGCCCUCAACCUCUGCCACGACCCAGACCCCACCCACCUCCACCACGCCCCCUGCCACCGGUGGCUCCUCAACCAUGGUACCAAAGUCCUCGAUCACCACUGUGACCCAGACUGGUGCCACCUCAAAAGCCCCUCUGACUGCCCCCAUUCACCAGUCCACCUUUGGGACCGGCAUUCCCUCAACAGCCAUGACGCCCACCACAAGGGCUACGACCUACACCCACUCCCUGUCCCCCACAGCCACUUCUCGGGUCACAGAGCUCCCCACGAGGCCUAUCAAAACCACACCCACAUCUCCUAUCCCCAUAUCCAGCAAGAGCCAGGCUACCUCCAGCACAGGGCCCGGCACCAGAGCCUCCCUAUCCACCCCCUUGCCUGAGCCCAGCACUCUCUCACUGGGCACCACCCUGGCUCCCUCCACAGCCACCUCCACAGCCACAGUGUCCUCGCAAAAGACUCAUAUCUCCAGCCCCACUUCGGUCCCGACGUACUCACCAUCCAAGUCUACCACCUGCCAGCCUCUCUGCGCCUGGACGGACUGGUUGGACCACACCUACCCAAAGCCAGGGGCCUCUGGGGGGGACUUUGAGACCUAUGCUAACAUCCAGGCGGCCGGCGGGGCCAUCUGCCAGCGGCCUCUGUACCUGGAGUGCCGGGCCGAGGCGCUGCCCAACAAGACCCUGCAGGAACUGGGCCAGGUGGUGCGGUGCCAGCUGGAGGAGGGCCUGGUGUGCCGGAACCAGGACCAGAGGGGCCUCCUGUGCCUCAACUACCAGAUCCGCGUGUUCUGCUGUGACCACAGCCACUGCCUCACCACCCCCAGCCCCACGUCCACCAUGCCAGCUCCCUCACCUUCCACCAUCAGCACCAGCACCGGCAGCCUGUCAUCGACGGCCACCUCCCAGACGCACCUCUCCUCCCCCAGAACCACCGGGAUGCCCAUCCCCACCAAUGGGACAGGUCCCUUCUCCACAGGGACCACCCAGAGGAGUCCCACCCCCAUCACUGUGACAGGUCCCUCCUCCACAGAGACCACAGGGAGGGGCUCGACCCCCAUGCCUGUGACAGGUCCCUCCUCCUUGAGGACCACACAGAGUGUCUCCACCUCCACCCCUGUGACAAGUCCCUCCUCCUCCGAGAUUACCAAGAGGGUCUCUACCCCGACCCCUGUGACAGGUCCCUCCACCAUGGGGACCACAGGGAGGGUCUCUACACCGACCCCUGUGACAGGUCCCUCCUCCACAAGGACCACCGAAACAGUCUCUACCACCACCACUGUGACAGGUCCCUCCUCCACGGGGACCACCCAGAGGGUCUCCACCUCCACCCCUGUAACAGGUGCCUCCUCCACAGGGACCACCGAGACAGUCUCUACCACCACCACUGUGACAGGUCCCUCCUCCACAGGGACCACCCAGAGGGUCUCCACCACCACCCCUGUCACAGGUGCCUUCUCCACACGGACCACUCAAACGGUCUCUACCCCGAGGCCCGUGACAGGUCCCUUCUCCACGGGGACCACCAGGAGGGGCUCCACCUCCACCCCUGUGACAGGUCCCUCCUCCACAGGGACCACUGAGACAGUCUCUACCACCACCACUGUGACAGGUCCCUCCUCCACGGGGACCACCCAGAGGGUCUCCACCUCCACCCCUGUGACAGGUCCCUCCUCCACAGGGACCACCGAGACAGUCUCUACCACCACCCCUGUGACAGGUCCCUCCUCCAUGGGGACCACUGAGACGGUCUCUACCCCCACGCCUGUGACAGGUCCCUUCUCCACAAGGACCACCGAGACAGUCUCUACCACCACCACCGUGACAGGUCCCUCCUCCACAGGGACCACCCAGAGGGUCUCCACCUCCACUCCUCUGACAGGUCCCUCCUCCACAGGGACCACCGAGACAGUCUCUAUCCCCAACCCUGUGACAGGUGCCUCCUCUACGGGGACCACCCAGAGGGUCUCCACCUCCACCCCUGUGACAGGUGCCUCCUCCACGGGGACCACUGAGACAGUCUCUAUCCCCACGCCUGUGACAGGUCCCUCCACCACAGGGACCACCCAGAGGGUCUCCACCUCUACCCCUGCGACAGGUGCCUCCUCCACAAGGACCACCGAGACAGUCUCUACCACCACCACUGUGACAGGUCCCUCCUCCACGGGGACCACGCAGAGGGUCUCCACCUCCACCCCUGUGACAGGUCCCUCCUCCACAGGGACCACCAAGACAGUCUCUACCACCACCCCUGUGACAGGUCCCUCCUCCACAAGGACCACCGAGACAGUCUCUACCACCACCACUGUGACAGGUCCCUCCUCCACAGGGACCACCCAGAGGGUCUCCACCACCACCCCUGUGACAGGUGCCUUCUCCACACGGACCACUCAAACGGUCUCUACCCCGAUGCCCGUGACAGGUCCCUUCUCCAUGGGGACCACCAGGAGGGGCUCCACCUCCACCCCUGUGACAGGUCCCUCCUCCACGGAAACCACCCAGAGGGUCUCCACCUCCACCCCUGUGACAGGUCCCUCCUCCACAGGGACCACCGAGACAGUCUCAACCCCCAUGCCUGUGACAGGUGCCUCCUCCACGGGGACCACUGAGAUGGUCUCUACCCCCACGCCUGUGACAGGUCCUUUCUCCACAAGGACCACCGAGACAGUCUCUACCACCACCACUGUGACAGGUCCCUCCUCCAUAGGGAACACCCAGAGGGUCUCCACCUCUACCCCUGCGACAGGUGCCUCCUCCACAAGGACCACCGAGACAGUCUCUACCACCACCACUGUGACAGGUCCCUCCUCCACGGGGACCACCCAGAGGGUCUCCACCUCCACCCCUGUGACAGGUCCCUCCUCCACAGGGACCACCGAGACAGUCUCUACCACCACCACUGUGACAGGUCCCUCCUCCACGGGGACCACCCAGAGGGUCUCCAUCUCCACCCCUGUGACAGGUGCCUCCUCCACAGGGACCACCCAGAGGGUCUCCACCUCCACUCCUCUGACAGGUCCCUCCUCCACAGGGACCACCGAGACAGUCUCUACCACCACCACUGUGACAGGUCCCUCCUCCACGGGGACCACCCAGAGGGUCUCCAUCUCCACCCCUGUGACAGGUGCCUCCUCUACGGGGACCACCCAGAGGGUCUCCACCUCCACCCCUGUGACAGGUCCCUCCUCCACAGGGACCACCGAGACAGUCUCUACCACCACCCCUGUGACAGGCCCCUCCUCCACGGGGACCACUGAGACGGUCUCUACCCCCACGCCUGUGACAGGUCCCUUCUCCACAAGGACCACCGAGACAGUCACUACCACCACCACUGUGACAGGUCCUUCCUCCACAGGGACCACCCAGAGGGUCUCCACCUCCACCCCUGUGACAGGUCCCUCCUCCACAGGGACCACCGAGACAGUCUCUAUCCCCACCCCUGUGACAGGUCCCUCCUCCACGGGGACCACGCAGAGGUUCUCCACCUCCACCCCUGUGACAGGUGCCUCCUCCACGGGGACCACCCAGAGGGUCUCCACAUCCACCCCUGUGACAGGUCCCUCCUCCACAGGGACCACCGAGACAGUCUCUAUCCCCACGCCUGUAACAGGUCCCUCCUCCACGGGGACCACGCAGAGGGUCUCCACCUCCACCCCUGUGACAGGUGCCUCCUCCACAGGGACCACCGAGACAGUCUCUAUCCCCACCCCUGUAACAGGUCCCUCCUCCAUGGGGACCACCCAGAGGGUCUCCACCUCCACCCCUGUGACAGGUCCCUCCUCCACAAGGACCACUGAGACAGUCUCUACCACCACCCCUGUGACAGGUCCCUCCUCCACGGGGACCACUGAGAUGGUCUCUACCCCCACGCCUGUGACAGGUCCCUUCUCCACAGGGACCACCCAGAGGGUCUCCACCUCCACCCCUGUGACAGGUCCCUCCUCCACAGGGACCACCGAGACAGUCUCUAUCCCCACGCCUGUGACAGGUCCCUCCACCACAGGGACCACUGAGACAGUCUCUACCACCACCCCUGUGACAGGUCCCUUCUCCACAAGGACCACCGAGACAGUCUCUACCACCACCACCGUGACAGGUCCCUCCUCCACAGGGACCACCCAGAGGGUCUCCACCUCCACUCCUCUGACAGGUCCCUCCUCCACAGGGACCACCGAGACAGUCUCUAUCCCCAACCCUGUGACAGGUGCCUCCUCUACAGGGACCACCCAGAGGGUCUCCACCUCCACCCCUGUGACAGGUCCCUCCUCCACAGGGACCACCGAGACAGUCUCUACCACCACCCCUGUGACAGGUCCCUCCUCCACGGGGACCACUGAGACGGUCUCUACCCCCACGCCUGUGACAGGUCCCUUCUCCACAAGGACCACCGAGACAGUCACUACCACCACCACUGUGACAGGUCCCUCCUCCACAGGGACCACCGAGACAGUCUCUAUCCCCACGCCUGUAACAGGUCCCUCCUCCACGGGGACCACGCAGAGGGUCUCCACCUCCACCCCUGUGACAGGUGCCUCCUCCACAGGGACCACCCAGAGGGUCUCCACAUCCACCCCUGUGACAGGUCCCUCCUCCACAGGGACCACCGAGACAGUCUCUAUCCCCACGCCUGUAACAGGUCCCUUCUCCACAGGGACCACCCAGAGGGUCUCCACCUCCACCCCUGUGACAGGUCCCUCCUCCACAGGGACCACCGAGACAGCCUCUAUCCCCACGCCUGUAACAGGUCCCUCCUCCACGGGGACCACCCAGAGGGUCUCCACAUCCACCCCUGUGACAGGUCCCUCCUCCACAGGGACCACCGAGACAGUCUCUACCACCACCCCUGUGACAGGUCCCUCCUCCACGGGGACCACCCAGAGGGUCUCCACCUCUACCCCUGCGACAGGUGCCUCCUCCACAAGGACCACCGAGACAGUCUCUACCCCUACUCUUGUGACAGGUCCCUCCUCCAUGGAGACCACCUCCAGCACAGGGCCCGGCACCAGAGCCUCCCUAUCCACCCCCUUGCCUGAGCCCAGCACUCUCUCACUGGGCACCACCCUGGCUCCCUCCACGGCCACCUCCACAGCCACAGUGUCCUCGCAAAAGACUCAUAUCUCCAGCCCCACUUCGGUCCUGACGUACUCACUGUCCAAGUCUACCACCUGCCAGCCUCUCUGCGCCUGGACGGACUGGUUGGACCACACCUACCCGAUGCCAGGGGCCUCUGGGGGGGACUUUGAGACCUAUGCUAACAUCCAGGCGGCCGGCGGGGCCAUCUGCCAGCGGCCUCUGUACCUGGAGUGCCGGGCCGAGGCGCUGCCCAACAAGACCCUGCAGGAACUGGGCCAGGUGGUGCGGUGCCGGCUGGAGGAGGGCCUGGUGUGCCGGAACCAGGACCAGAGGGGCCUCCUGUGCCUCAACUACCAGAUCCGCGUGUUCUGCUGUGACCGCAGCCACUGCCUCACCACCCCCAGCCCCACGUCCACCACGCCAGCUCCCUCACUUUCCACCAUCAGCACCAGCACCGGCAGCCUGUCAUCGACGGCCACCUCCCAGACGCACCUCUCCUCCCCCAGGACCAGCGGGACGCCCAUCCCCACCCGUGGGACUGGCCCCUCGUCCUCUGGGAGUACCAAGUGGGUCUCCACCCCUACGGAGACCUCAGGCAGCCUUGGGACCUCCCCAGUGUCCACCACCUCUUCCAGCCCCACGACAUCCUGCUAUUGCCAUGCCUUCGGAAAUUUCUACCUACCAGGGGAAAUCAUCUAUGAUAAGAUCGAUAGAGCGGGCUGUCAGUUCUUAGCCAUCUGCAACCAGCUCUGUGACAUCGACCGCUUCCAGGGUGCCUGCUCUACCCCCUCCUCACCAGGGACCUCAGCUUCCACUUCCCCAACCACGCCGGUUACCACGCCAGUUACCACGCUGGUUCCCGGCUGCUAUCAUACCACCCCUCCGCGACAGGUGAAUGAGUCCUGGACCAUGAAGGACUGCACGGUGGUCCGGUGUGAGGGCAACAACCGGGUCGUCCUGCUGGGGCCGAGGCCGCAGGAGAGCGUCGUCUGCGUGAAUGGGCACCUGCCUGUGAAAGUGCAGGGCGGAGACGGGCCCUGUGACUACCGCUAUGAGUGCGAGUGCUCCUGCAGCGGCUGGGGGGAUGCCCACUACGAGACCUUCGACGGCACCUCGUACUCAUUCCUGGACAAUUGCACCCAUGUCCUCAUGCGGGAGAUCAGUCCGCGCCACGGAAACCUCAGCGUCCUCCUGCACAGCCGCUACUGCCGGGCCGCCACCAGCUGCCGCCGCGCCCUCAGUGUCCACUACGAGGCCAUGGACAUCGUCCUCACUACCACGGGCGCCGACGGGCAGGAGGAAAGCCUGAUCCUGUUUGGCCACAUGUCGGUGGGGCAGGGCUUCAGCAAGAACGGCCUGACGGUGAGGGUGACGGGGGCCACCGGGAUGAGCGUGGAAAUCCCCGCCAUCGGCGUGAGCAUCGCCUUCAAUGGGCGGGUCUUCCAGGCCCGGCUGUCCUACAGCCACUUCAGCUACAACACCGAGGGCCAGUGUGGCACCUGCACCAACAACCGCAGGGACGACUGUCGCCGGCCUGACGGCACCAUGGCCCCCACCUGCCAGGACAUGGCCCGGUCCUGGCUGGUCCCCAGCAGCAGUGGGGAGGGCUGCUGGGCCCCGACUGGCCUGCCCCCGACCACCAGCCCCUCCUCGCUGGUGCCCAGCACACCCACAUCCACCCUGUGCCCCCCAGAUCCCCUCUGCAAGCUGCUGCUGAGCCCGGUCUUCGCCGGCUGCCACGGCCUCAUCCCGCCCGGCCCGUUCUUCAGCACCUGUGUCCUAGACAGCUGCAGCCGCCCUGAGGGGCUCUGCCAGAGCCUGGAGGCCUACGCGCUGCUCUGCCGCGCCCGGGGCGUGUGUCCCGACUGGCGCAAUGCCACCAGCGGGCUGUGCGACCUCACCUGCCCGCCCACCAAGGUGUAUAAGCCGUGUGGCCCCGUGGAGCCCGAGUCCUGUGACUCCAGGAGCCAGAGCCUGGCGAGUGGAGGGCUGGUGGAGGGCUGCUUCUGUCCCGACAGCCACAUCCUGUUCAACUCACACACGGACGUCUGUGUUCCCCAGUGCCGUAAGCACCGCCACGUCUGGGCCCCCGAGCCAGCCCUGCAGAUCUGCAACACAAGCACAUGCCCCCAGAGCUCUGUCAAAUGUGGGCCGAGAGAGCAGCCGACCUGCAUCCAGGCAGAGGAUGGCCGCUGCCCACCCUCACCUGCCGUGAAUCUCUGGGCGCCACAGCCAUGCCUGUACAACGGCACCACCUAUGGGGUCGGUGCAACCUUCCCAGCAGUCAUUUCCUGCCACACGUGCACCUGCCUGUCCGUGGACGCCCAGAGCCCGACCGUGCAGUGUAAGAAGAAUGCCUGCAACACCACCUGUCCCCAGGGCUUCCAGUACUCGAGGGUGGCCGGGCAGUGCUGCGGGGAGUGCGUACAGACGGCCUGCCUCACGCCCGACGGCCGGCUGGUCCAGCCCAACGAGACCUGGGUCAACAGCCUCGUGGACAACUGCACGGAGUACCACUGCCAGGCCGAGAACGGACCCCCCUUGCUGACCCCGACGCCCGUCGCCUGCCCGGACGUGUCCGGCUGCAGGGGCAUCCUCCGGAAAAGCGGCUGCUGCUACUCCUGCGAGCCCCUGGACUCCUGCCAGGUCCGCGCCAACCUGACGGUCUUGCACCACCGGGGCUGCGCCACCCAGGCCGCUGUCAGCGUCCCCUUCUGCGAGGGCUUCUGCCCGGGAGUGUCCCGGUACUCCAUGGAGACUCAGGCCACACAGUGCCAGUGCAUCUGCUGCCGGGAGACCAAGACCCACCAGGAGGUGGUGACCAUGCAGUGUCCCGAUGGGACGGCCUUCCAGCACACCUACACCCACGUGGACGCGUGCAGCUGCGGCCCGUCCUGCCUCUCCUCACCCCAGGCUCCCGAGGACAGCACCCCUGUCUCCCAGAUCUACGGGUCCACCAAAGUCUGA